CGCCGCGGCGCCGCUCGGCUCCUCACUCCCAACAAUGGCGGCUCCGAGCCCGAGCGGCGGCGGCGGCGGCUCCGGGGGCGGCAGCGGCAGCGGCACCCCGGGCCCCGUGGGGCCCCCGGCGCCGGGCCACCCGGCCGUCAGCAGCAUGCAGGGCUUUCAGAUAAACUUCUGUGAAAAGGCACAAAGUAAACGCAAAGCACUGAAGUUGAAUUUUGCAAAUCCACCUUUCAAAUCUACAGCAAGGUUUACUCUGAAUCCCAACCCUACAGGAGUUCAAAACCCACACAUAGAGAGACUGAGAACACACAGCAUUGAAUCAUCAGGAAAACUGAAGAUCUCCCCUGAGCAACACUGGGAUUUCACAGCGGAGGACUUGAAAGACCUUGGAGAAAUUGGACGAGGAGCUUAUGGUUCUGUCAACAAAAUGGUCCACAAACCAAGUGGGCAAAUAAUGGCAGUUAAAAGAAUUCGGUCAACAGUGGAUGAAAAAGAACAAAAACAACUUCUUAUGGAUUUGGAUGUAGUAAUGCGGAGUAGUGAUUGCCCGUACAUUGUUCAGUUUUAUGGUGCACUCUUCAGAGAGGGUGACUGUUGGAUCUGUAUGGAACUCAUGUCUACCUCGUUUGAUAAGUUUUACAAAUAUGUAUAUAGUGUAUUAGAUGAUGUUAUUCCAGAAGAAAUUUUAGGCAAAAUCACUUUAGCAACUGUGAAAGCACUAAACCACUUAAAAGAAAACUUGAAAAUCAUUCACAGAGAUAUCAAACCUUCCAAUAUUCUUCUGGACAGGAGUGGAAAUAUUAAGCUCUGUGACUUUGGCAUCAGUGGACAGCUGGUGGACUCCAUUGCCAAGACAAGAGAUGCCGGGUGUAGGCCAUACAUGGCACCUGAAAGAAUCGACCCGAGUGCAUCACGACAAGGAUAUGAUGUCCGCUCUGAUGUCUGGAGUUUGGGGAUCACAUUGUACGAGUUAGCCACAGGUCGGUUUCCUUAUCCAAAGUGGAAUAGUGUAUUCGAUCAACUCACACAAGUCGUGAAAGGGGACCCUCCACAGCUGAGUAACUCUGAGGAAAGGGAGUUCUCCCCAAGCUUCAUCAAUUUUGUCAACUUGUGCCUUACCAAGGAUGAAUCCAAAAGGCCAAAGUAUAAAGAACUUCUGAAACAUCCCUUUAUUUUGAUGUAUGAAGAACGUACCGUAGAGGUCGCCUGCUAUGUUUGUAAAAUCCUGGAUCAGAUGCCAGCGACUCCCAGCUCUCCCAUGUAUGUCGACUGAUCUCGCUGCUACGUCAGACUCGAGAAAAAAGGGCUGAGAGGAAGCAAGACGUAAAGAAUUUUCAUCCCGUAUCACAGUGUUUUUAUUGCUCGCCCAGACACCAUGUGCAAUAAGAUUGGUGUUCGUUUCCAUCAUGUCUGUAUACUCCCGUCACCUAGAACAUGCAUCCCCGUGACACCCGAUUGAUCACACAGUGUUAGUGCUGGUCAGAAAGACCUCAUCCUGCUCUAUUGUGAUGAAUUUAGUCAUGAAAUGUGGAAGUCAGUACGAUCAAUUUGUUGACUGUGAUUAGAUCACAUCUUAAAUUCAUUUCUAGACUCGAAACCUGAAGACGCAGCUACUGGAGUGGUGUUUUGUCAGACUUCCAGAUGCCGGAAGAACACGGUGAUGGAUGUACUAUGUCUGAACAGAGAGACUCGGGCUUGAGUGAGAAGAGCUGGUGCAGCCGACAAGACACACGGCCCUCUGGAGCUGGGGGACAAAGGAGGAAUUUACUUUCUUCACCAAGUGCAAUAGAUUUACUGAUUUGAUAUUCUGUUGCUUUACCGUCACAGUCGAUGUUCGGGGAUCGAUGUGCUCAGCCAAAUUUCCUGUUUGAAAUAUCACGUUAAAUUAGAAUGAAUUUAUCUUUACCAAAAACCAUGUUGCGUUCAAAGAAGUGGACAGUGAAAUAUUGAGACAGGACAGAAUGUGUUCUUUUCUCCUUUACUGGUUCUUCUGCUCUUCAUCGGGAAGACUCAGGAGUCUGCCACUUGUCAAAGAAGGUGCUGAUCCUAAGAAUCUUCAUUCUCAAAAUUCGGUGUGCUGCCAACUUGAUGUUCCAUCUGCCACAAACCACCCGGACUGAAACAAGAAAAACGUACUGAGGGCAAAGUGUACAGAUGUUUCCAUUUCUAGCAUCUGAUCUGGAACAACUCGUAGCAGCUAUGUAUCCCCCUCGGUCCCGGUCCCAAGCCUGAUACUUUAGCCACCAUAGCUCACUCACAGGGAGAAGCAGCUAGAAGCGAUGUGCCUUGACUGAUUACAUAGAGGUUGCUUGUAGGCAGCACAAGACCAAACCCCAGUCUUUUGCUCUCACUGGCCCAGAUCUUUGGUUUCUGAAUCCCUGUCCCCUCCCGCCUGGUCUGUUGCCGCUCUGUGACUUUUGCUUAAUCCAAUAUUUUGCCUUUUACCCCCUCCUAUAUCAAAAUGCUUUUUAAUUACCAGGGACGGUUAGCCCCACAUCCCUCCUAUGCUCCAACGUUUAAAGGCUCAGAAACGUGGGGCCCUGCCGAUGUGGUAGGUGAUGAAGAAGCAUCUUCUAGAGACACAUUUGACCAGAUGAGGGUCCUUUAGAGAAGCUCAUCACCUGUGAGAGUCUCUGGCAGAUCACUGUUAUUUUUUGGAAUUGGAAUUCUAUUAAAAACAAAAAAAAACCCCCACAAAACCCCAAACACACCAAACCCCCAAACCGCCCCAGAAUAGUUGUGAGGCCCCUGAAAUCUGACCCCUGUUGCUGUGCUUCUUCCCUUCCUCAUUAGCCAGGUUCCCCUUGGGCAUCGCUGUGGCCGUGCUGGCCCCGAGCGUGCGGCUCUGUGUGGCAGUGCACGCACAGAGAGCAGGCCCGGGCCGAGGCCGGUGGUGCCAUCCGAAGCAGGUGACGGCCACCGGUGCCGGGGGCCCCUCCCAAAACCGUCGAGGGAAAGCGGUGCUGAUUCACGUUACAUCCCUGUAAAUUUCAGAAUUCAGAAAUGAAUUAUUGCUUCGGUCCACUCGCCUUGUUUCCCCAAUUUCCCCCCACCCCGGCUUCCUAAACCUUAGACUUCCCAGUGUUCGGAAAGGAAGCGUUGCUGCGCGUCUUCCUUCGACCACACCAAGCCAUCAUCCUCCCUUGCUCCCGGGGACUCAGGAGGAAAUCUCUUGCUCUGCUGUCCACUUCCCGUCUGGCUCCGCAUAGGGUCACUUUGCCAUCGGACACGUGGGGAUAAAAGCAAUUCUGACUGUCCAGGAGCUUCAUCUGACCGUUCUCUUGUGUGGAUGACCACAUCGAAAGGCAAUUUUAGUGUAUUAAUCAUAGAUUAUUAUAAACUAUAAACUUAAGGGCAAGGAAUUUAUUACAGUGUAUCUUUAUUAAAACAAAAGGGUGUAUAGUGUUCACAAACUGUGAAAAUAGUGUAAGAACUGUACAUUGUGAGCUCUGGUUAUUUUUCUCUUGUACCAUAGAAAAAUGUAUAAAAAUUAUCAAAAAGCUAAUGUGCAGGGAUAUUGCCUUAUUUGUCUGUACAAAUGAAGCUCAGUAACAUACCUGCUUCUUGGAGCUUGGGAAUAUUUUAUCCUGUAUUCUUGUUUGAAUCCCUCCUCUAUUUAAGAUAUAUACAUGGAAUCGAAGUGUUUAUGCAAUAGUUCUAUCCUUUUGCCUGCAGGUCAGUUGUAAUAAAUCUAGGAUGUGAUGAUGACUUUGUAAUUUGUUUUCCUGAAGUCAGACCCUGAGAGGGGAAAAUCAAGUAAAUUCCAUUAAAUUAUCUGUGCAUUUCA